AUUUUCAGUCAGUCGACAAUAUUUCUUUCAGUUACCUCGUGACUGUCUAAGAGUGUAAUAACAUUUAUUGGCUAUUUGGAAAAGAAAAAAAAAACGAAAUGUUUAAAUUUAAAAUUUUAUGGAUUUUUUGUUAUCUUCUACCGAUGGUAUGGUCUGACUGUAUCUUACAAUUUCCACAUAACAUGGAGUACGUACCCGAAUGGAAAACAGAAAUUGGCAAACGUUGGUUUAAAAUUCCAUAUAUUACCCGAGGACUUUUAAUGAAAGAGGGUGAAACAUUCGAAGGCCAUUGUCCUACUAAAUUCAAUUUUGAGGAAAACCCUAGAUGCUCUUAUUCCACUGAGUUUGACGAUUGUAGCGAAACAAGCUCCCCAUCCGAUAUCGAAACUUUAACCGUUACAUGCGAUGGCGGUUUGUUAGGAUACAAUAACAAUAUCAUUUCGCCACAUACCACUCUAAGGUGCAAUGAUGUGGAAUGGUCUAUAAGUCAAUGGGAGACGAUGGAAAUAAGCGAAAGUGAAAGUUGGUGCAGAGACAAACAUCAAAUAUUUACGUUGAGCACGAAAAAUUUAAAACCGAAUCGUACUUUAGCUUAUAUCUGUUACGAUUUGAAUGAAUUUUCUUUGCAAGCCGUAAAAUAUAAAACCGUUCAUCAUCAGGUAAACAAUUGGAACACAAAACUAAUGCCGAUUACAUUAAGCAGCUUACCAGCAACAAGCCCCUUAUCCAACGAAGUGAAAUUUUUGAAUCCAAGUUUUCUUCAUAUUCAAAAUGAGUUAUUACAAGACCAACUGGAAUAUAUAAGUGAUGCAAAUGCCUGGCUAAAAUUGGCAAAUUAUGAAUACGGAAGCAUUAUUCAAAGCGGUCCUUAUUUGCGUUACUUUAAACAAUAUAACGAACUCUUGGAUAUAUUGUGGUGGCAUAAUCUACGUAUAACUAAUUGGCAGCGAUUUCUAAACGCCUUCGAAGAGCAUACAAAAACUGAAAACACUUAUGAUGUUUAUAUGGGCACUUUAGAUGUGGUGAAGAUACCGUCGUGGUCAAAUCCAAAUGAAAUGGAAUACUUGGAGCUUGAGAAUGGUUUUGUCAACGGUACAGCGCCGCAAUACGUAUGGACCUACUUAGAAUCAAGCGAUGACAAAAAUCCCGAUUUGUACGUUUUCGGAUAUAACUCGCCUUAUGCAGAGUUUUUCAACUACAAUGACGUAGCCUUCUGUCGUGAUAUUUGCGAUGAGAUCGAUUGGCUGAAGGAUGUUCGUUCUACAUUUCAUUAUGCCAACUUUGGCUUUAUAUUCUGUUGCAACCUCGAUUCUCUAAAAGAUUCUCCAUAUGUGCAGAAAUUACCUCACAGAUUAACGAGUCGUCGUUUAUUGUAUCAAAAGGAAAAUGUCUCUGUACCAUCACAAGCAUCAAGAAUAGAAAAUAUCAAAACGAAUUUUAAAUUCAAAGCUUUAGAAGGUUUAAACCGAAUUAAGGAAUUUUUAAGAAAAAAAGAAUAAAUUAAUAAAAACUUUCUUUUGUAAUAUUGAAGGACAAUAUCUA